GUUCUGUUAGUUGUUCAGGUAAUGGUAACAGGACUGGUUUUUAAGCAUAGACUAGAGUUUGACAUUUGCUCAAAUUAAUAAAAAAGACAGUAUUCGCAUAUUUACAUAUUUUAUGUCAUAUAUUUCAAGCAGAACAGGCUGUUUAUUGCAAUGGCUUUUGGUGAUCUGAUCAUGAUCUUCACCGCAGUGCUGAUCUCCAACAGAGCAUCCGUGUGCAAAGCUGAAAAUGCCGUCUCUGUGCAGACAGGAAGUUCUGUUCAACUGGACAUACAGCCUGAUAAACUACUACCUUUUAAUACACUGGUCUGGAUGAAUCAUGAAUCUGAAAAUAUUGUGACAUUCAUUAAGAAAACUAUAGAGACCGAGAUUAUCAACGGUGCGGUUUUCAAUGAGUCAACAUUCUCUCUAACACUGAAGAACAUACAAAAGACAGACAGUGGACUCUACACAGCAAAAAUAUUUGGAUCUAACAAUAUAAAUGUGGCUAAAUACAGAGUAUCUGUUAUAGAUCCAGUGGAUUCUCCUGUUCUUAACUGGAACAUCAUCAUGAUCACUGUUAACUCAUGUAUUAUGAAUGUCUCAUGCAGUGGGCAUGAUCGUACGAUCAGAGAAAUCUACCACAGCAACAACUGCACCCAUAAGGAAAAUAUAUCAUCUGAAAUACAGACUCUAACCCUGUAUUGUAAAGAGGACAUAGUUGUUUGUAACUAUAGCAACCCAGUCAGCUGGAAGAAUGACACAAUACAGAUUAAACAUCUCUGUAAAUUUUAUCAAAAUGAGAAUCAACAGACAACAGGAGACAACAACAGUUAUUUUCCUCUCCAUUGGCUCAUAGUCAUUGUUAUAAGUGCUUCAUUGUUGAUUUUAGUUGCAACCACUUUAAUAUACAGCUCUUACAAGAAAAAUGACAAAGGUGUCCCUCAGAAUGAUUCUACAAUCUAUGCACAAGUUCAGCCAAAGAGCAAAGUACAGAGACCCCUUGAGAUGUUGGAAAAAUCAGCAAAUCCUCAAACUGUGUAUGGAUUUACACAAGAACACAGACACCCUCACAAUACCAGUCAGACAAUGUCCAGUUCUGAGAUACCAGUGGAGACGCAAAAAAACAAUCACCCCAGAACCACCUACAGUACAAUUGGACCCCCAAAAACAUCACUUUACACUGAAACAGACCAAACAGUUUAUUCAGUAGUGUGUAAAUCCUCAAAUGGUAAAAUGCCUGUGUAUUAACAAAGCUGGUUAAUGUGAAAUUUGGCUGAGUAUAUACUGUAUUUGUGAAUAUAUCUCAAAUAUUUCAAUAGGACAUUCUUGUACAUUUGUCACACAUUAUGUAAAAGCAUACAAAGUCAUGUAAAGUGUAAAUUAGUGUUAAUUGGGUAGACUCAAACGCUAUCCCUGAGGUGGUACCCUUACGGUCUAAUAUUGUUUUUAAUUGAAUUGGUGCAAUUUUCACACAAGCAAGUGGUAAUUUUAAAACUAAUUUAGGAUAAGUUCACUUCCAGAAUAAAAAUUUCCUGAUCAUUAUAGUUUUUGAGGAAAACAUUCCAGGAUUUUUUCUCUUUAUAAUGGAUUUCAAUUGAAACCAAAGGGCUGAAAGGGCUGAAGGAAAAAAAUUCAGUUUAAGUGCAGCUUCAAAAAGGCUCUACACAAUCCUAGCCGAUGAAUAAGGGUCUUAUUUAGCAAAACUAUCGGUCAUUUUCUUAAAACAACAAACAUUUAUAUACUUUUUAAACAAAUUCUAGACGUGCACUAGCUCGACUUCACUCAUAACGUAAUCACGUAGGAAAGGUCACACGUAACAUAGGGUGGAAGCACCCAGUUUUUACAAAGUUAAAAUGCAAAGAAAGUCAAUGGCCUUUAGAAGGAAAAAAAUUAUAAACUGAAGUUGGAGGAGAAGAUGAGAUGGAAUUUUACGCCCUACCCUACCUUUCUGAACUGCAGUACACAGACUUAGAGCUAACCACACUUGACCUUUCCAACAGAAUUGCACAAUGCAUGAAGACACGCAGGCAGCAGAACUAGAGCACAACCAGCAUUUUUAUGAUUAAAAAGUAUAUAAAGGUUUAUUGUUU